AUGAAGCUUCAGUGCAUCACUUUUCUGUGUUCCUUUUUUGUCUGCGCGCGAGUUUGCUCGAUGCCAACAAAUUGUCAUCUUCGGUGGAAACUCGUGAAAUCAGCUCACAAUCUACUUAAGAACAUGGGAGGUCUUUUCCCUCGUGAAUGCUUGGAUGAAAACGUCGAGAUAAAGUUUCCCAAAUCUGGUUUGCAAUCUAAGGGCUUAAAUCAGAAAAUCAGUGUUGCGAAAACAGUAUUUAAAAUGAUGGAGCACAUAGACACUCUGUUUGCGAACGACACUCUCCCAGAGUCCUGGGACCAGCAGAAAGCAGACAAUUUCCAAAACAUAGUUUACCGUCUAACUGAGGAGAACAGAUGUAUUUUGGAUAAGAGGCAUGGCCACGUGGAUGAUUUUUCUGCAAGAGACAGUGCUCUGAAAACCUAUUUUGAAAAAUUAGCCACUCUACUUAGAAACAAGGACAACAGUCUCUGCGCCUGGGAGGUAAUUCGCAAGGAGCUCUUGCGUGUUCUUAGUUUCGUCCUCAGGAUUAACUCAUCCAAAGUGUAGUUUUCCCUAUAU